AUGGCUACCCCUCUGGAUGAUGUCGCGUCCCAGAGACCUGGCACAAUCCGCAAUGAUAUCUCAGUUGAGGGCGCCGUUCUCCUCACCGACGCCUUCGACAAAUUCACCGGUUCCCUCCUAGAGACUGGCCGUUUUGGUGUCGAGGUCGGCCAGAUCAGCCCGGAUAGCAAGAGCCUGCCGCUUCCUGGAUGA